UCCCAAACCCAGCACCCCACACAGUUCGAGCAAGGAGCUCAGUACCACACAUACGACAGUGACUUGCUUCACAAACACGAGCGGACAGCUUGAAACCGAUCGCUCCAUCGAGCAACAGUCUCGAGUCCCCCAUCGAUCGCGGUAGUUGCUAGCGACAUGGCUUUCGCGCUCCAGGCUGCAUCGGCCUCCCGGUCGUCUGCUUCGUCCCCGGUGGUUCCAUCGUCGCCGCUCCCGCGGCGCGCGGCGACGGCGGUGACGAUGCCUCGGCGGCGGAGGUCUGUGGUGGCCACUGUGAGGGAGGUCGCCGCGGUGGCUCGGGCCGCCCCGGCGCCGGCCGGGCAGCCUGCCACAACGGCGCCGUCCAAGCUCGCCGGUGCCGGCGGGCGAUGCCUGCCGGUGUCGCAGACCAUGUUCAGGCUCAAGGCGCAGGGCAAGAUGGCGUUCAUCCCGUUCAUCACCGCCGGCGACCCCGAUCUGGCCACGACGGCGGAGGCGCUGCGGCUCCUGGACGCCUGCGGCGCCGACGUCAUCGAGCUCGGCGUGCCCUUCUCCGACCCCUACGCCGACGGGCCGGUCAUCCAGGCUUCGACGGCGCGGGCCCUGGCGAGAGGCACGACGCCGGACGGUGUCCUGGCGAUGCUGAAGGAGGUGACGCCGGAGCUCUCCUGCCCGGUGGUGCUCUUCUCCUACUUCAACCCCAUCGUGUACCGGGGGCUCGCCGACUUCGCCGCCGCCGCCAAAGAAGCCGGUGUACAAGGUCUUCUGGUACCUGACCUCCCGUAUGGGACCACGUGUGCUCUCAGGAGUGAAGCCAUGAAGAACAACCUCGAGCUGGUGCUGCUCACAACACCAACUACAACAGCAGAUAGGAUGAAGGAGAUCACAGAAGCAUCAGAAGGAUUUGUUUAUCUGGUGAGCGUCAAUGGAGUUACAGGUCCACGUGCAAACGUAAACGCACAUGUGGAAUCUCUCAUUCAGGAAGUUAAACAGGUCACUGACAAACCUGUGGCUGUUGGCUUUGGCAUCUGGAAACCAGAGCAUGUAAAGCAGAUUGCAGAGUGGGGUGCAGAUGGUGUGAUCAUUGGCAGCGCGAUGGUGAGGCAGUUGGGGGAAGCGGAUUCUCCCAAAGAAGGGUUAAAGAGGCUAGAGAAAUAUGCCCGGAGCAUGAAGAAGGCACUACCAUGAUGGGAUGAUAGAAACUGAGAUUAGACCAGCACGAUGGAUAACGAAGCUUGGAUGGAAUGGAAGCUGACUCUUCCUUAGGUCUCCGGCUGAGAAAGAAGUGCACUACUAGUAGCCAGAAUCAUGAUUGAUCAAUACGACUGUUAAACACUAUAACAGGUUGUUAGCAUGUAUAUUAGUCCGAUGCAGCUAGCUAGAUUGCUUUGCAGAUAUUUUAACAAUGAGGUAUCAUUACAAAAAAAAUGUGCAAGAUU